AUGACCAUAAGGCAAAGGAUUGCCGUGGUCGCCCGUGUUUUAAGUGCAGCAAGCAACAAGAAUUAUAACUUGCUGGCCACAGUCAAAGUAUCAGUGAAGGCUAGCAAUGGUCAAGUUGCUACCUUCAGAGCGCUGCUAGAUUCAGGAUCACAAAUAAAUCUGAUUUCCGAACGAAUGGCUUCAGUACUAUCACUGAAACUUCAUGGAACUUCUCUACGGAUCGAGGGCAUUGGAGGCAAUCCAAAAACCAGUAGAGCAAGAGCAAACGUUCAAAUAAAAUCAAUGCAUAACGCCUUCACACAAGAAGUUGAAGCCUUUGUCCUACCACACAUAAUAGCUGAUCAACCGGCGCAUCAGUUAAAUUCGGCAAGCCUACAAAUCCCAAGCAACAUAGCUCUAGCCGAUCCAAAUUUCGAUAAGCCAGGAAAGAUUGACAUGCUUAUCGGAGCAGAGCACUACUAUUCAUUGCUGCUGCCAAACCAGUCUAUACUAAAGACAGGAGGACCAGUUCUUCAGAAUACAAAACUUGGAUGGAUCAUUGCCGGACGGAUCUCCUCGGAUCACGAUUCAGCGGCGGUUUGUGCCGCCGCAGCUACAGACGAAGAAGUUGACAGACUAUUGGAACGAUUCUGGACUCUAGAAAAUCUUGAAACCGAGGAAAGGCAUCGAUCACCAAUAGAGGCUCAUUGCGAAAUGCACUUCGUAGGAAACUUGGGAGUUGCAAAGGAUGGCAAAUUUGUUGUGAAACUCCCAUUUUCUGAACAGUCUUCAGCCCUGGGGGCAUCACAGAAAACAGCCACGAAUAGAUUUCUGGCUCUAGAAAGAAGAACGUCACCUGAAGUCUGGAAAGGCUACGUGGACUUUAUGAAUGAAUACGAAGCACUCGGACACAUGAAACAAGUGCAUCAAACAGAUAUACCCGCUAAUCACUACUUCAUUCCACAUCACUGUGUGCUGAAGCCGGAGAGCAGUACAACAAAGUUGAGGGUAGUAUUCGACGCUUCAUGCAAAACCACCAGCAACAAGUCUUUGAACGACAUACUCUAUGCUGGACCCACGGUGCAAAGCGAGCUAUUUGCAAUUCUAUUACGCUUCCGCACUCAUAAAUACGUGUUUACAGCGGACAUAGAGAAAAUGUAUCGGCAGGUGUGGAUACACCUAGAUGAAGAUGCGUAUCAUCCCACACUUGAGUCCACAAUUCCGAUUGUUACAACAGUUACCUAA